CGUUUAAAAAUGGAAAAUGGAAAAGAAGAAUCGGAGUGAAAUUCAGAAACAAAACAAAUUAAUCACAGAGUUAAGAAACAAAAUAGCCAAAACAAAUUAAUCACAGAGUUGAGAAACAAAAUAGCCAGGGACGGAAGGUAACGUAAUUCUCUAGCAAAAUGGACGGAUGCACUUGUUUCUGCAGUCUUGAGGCAGCUAACAACAAUCAUCUUGGAGGAAGCAAGGCAAAAGAGGAAAGGGAGAUGAAGAACAAAAGUAUCAAACUUUGGUUACAUCGGCUCAAAGAAGCAUCUCUUGACAUGGAGGACGUGUUGGAUGAGUGGAAUACUGCACUUUUGAAGUGGAAAAUGAAUGAAGCUCAAAAUGCUGUGUCUGUCCUCCAGAAAAAGGUGUGUCGUUUUAUCUCUUGUUUUUACUUUCGACGACUUGUUAAGCUCCAUGGUGUUACUGUUCAAAUAAAAGAAAUCAAUGGAAGAUUAGAUGGGAUUGCUAAACAGAAAUAUAGGUAUAGUUUUGUGUCGAGGGAAAUUAGACAGCCUGAAAUUCAACCAGAAAGAGAAACCACAUCUUUCGUUGAUGGUUCUGUCAUCCAUGGACGAGAUGAGGUAAAGAAAAGGAUAAUUAGCCACUUGCUAUGUGGAAGCAGUGAAGAGUCUAGUGACCUCCACCUCCAGACCAUCUCUAUAGUAGGGAUGGGAGGUAUUGGUAAGACAGCUCUCGCACAAAUCCUCUACAAUGAUGAUCAAAUUAAGACACACUUUGACAAGAGGGUUUGGGUGUGUGUCUCUGAUCUCUUUGAUGAGGUCAGAGUUGCAAGAGCAAUCAUCAUUGAACUUGAAGGAGGAAAGAAAUUCUUUCUGGUUUUAGAUGAUGUGUGGACUGAGGACGAUAGAAGUUGGGAUUCACUGAAACUGACUUUUAAACAUGGAGCUCCUGGAAGUCGGAUUUUGGUGACUACUCACAAGGACACAGUUGUAGAGAUAAUGGAAUCCUCCCACGUCUUCCGUUUAGAAGAGCUGUCUCAAGAGGUGUGUUGGUCCAUACUUAGCCAAAUAGCAUUCAUCAAUAGGGACAGGCAACAAUGUUCAGAUUUGAAUGACAUUGGGUGGAAGAUUGCCAAGAAGUGUAAAGGACUGCCACUUGCUGCAAAGACCUUGGGGAGUUUGUUGCGAUAUAAAAGAACAAGAGAAGAGUGGAAAGACGAUUUUGAAAUAUGGAGGUAUCUUGUAAUCCAACAUUGGAUGGCUCAAGGUUAUCUGAAUUCUAGUGGCAAUGCAGAGAUGGAAUCAGUAGGCAGAGAGUAUUUUGAUUAUUUGGCAGCUCGCUGCUUCUUCCAAGAUUUUGGAAGACUUGAAGAUGGUAGCAUAUUUAAAUGUAAGAUGCAUGACAUGGUACAUGACUUUGUCCUGUUUUUGACAGAAAGUGAUUUUGAAACAAAAAAGGUUGCUUCCGGUGAAAACUCAACCGUGGAGUUACAGUCCGAAGCUCGCCAUUUGACAGUAAUGCUGGCGGAACGAACGUCUUUUCCUGCCUCAAUUCAUGGCACAGAAAAGCUGCAGAGUGUUGUAACCUUUUGUGGACGGGAAGCAAUAAGUAAUGUAGCAUUGUGCAACUUAUUUAAACAGUCAAAACGUCUGCGUUUGCUUGAUUUUCGUUGCCUUGUUGGGUUUAAUCAGUUCAGAAAUGAAAUUCCUGAUGAAACAGGGCAAUUGAUGCAUUUGAGGCACCUUAACCUCUCCUUCGCUGUGGAUGUGAAAAAGCUGCCUGAAACUAUCUGUGAAUUAUGCAAUCUGCUAUCUUUGGAUCUAAAAUUUUGCGAUGGUCUUCAAGAACUACCAGAGGGGAUUGGGAAAUUGAUCAACUUGAGGUUUUUCAAUGCUGCAGGUUGCCCUUCUCUAACUUGGUACCCAAAAUCAAUGGGGAGAUUAACUUCUCUCAGGGAGUUGGUUGGGGUUAACGCUAGGGUUGAUCACAAUGAUCCUAUCCGGAAAAAUUGUGCCACCAUCGUCGGCUUUGGGUGAGUUUAGUUGGAUAUUCCAUAGAUGCAGAUGUGGUUAGGAGAGCAAGACUUCAUGAUAAGAUCCAUUUGCAGAAGAUGAAGAUUGAUCUGGUUCACAACAUGGACCUAGGUUAUGUAGUUGAAACCUUAAACCCACCUCCCAACUUAAAUGUUGAGUUUUGGACUGGCUACUACGACUGGUAUUACUAGCUAGUCCAGGAAGGAAUGUGAAUUUUAUCAAGCAAUAAGGAGACACCUACAUUGAUCAUGAUGAAUAAGGGGAGUUAUCUUUCAUGGUCUGUAAUUGUUGCUUAUUCUCUUUCCUUUCUUUGUGUUGGUUCACGUUUGGAUUCUGUUUGUUUUCGUGUUGGUUUUAUAUUCUAUUUGCCCCCUUUUUCCUAUUGGUUCAUAUUUGGAUUCCAUCAUGUGGGGUUGAUUCUACCGGAUGUUUGCUGGAUGACUAGACAGAAAACUUGUUGCCUUCUCCAUUGAAGUGAUUGUAUAUUUGUUAUUUGAAUGCACUGAUUUUUUUUUCCCCCAAAACAAAGAUUUGCAUACACUAAUUUAUGCUCUGAGGCAAAUGUACUGUUCAUGAAUUGUGCAAAUUAAAGACACUAUUAUUAA